AUUGUCUCAAUUUUGAAUCAAAGUUCACGAACACGGGUGAAAUAUUCCUAUUAACCAUAAAUCACUAGCACUCACUUAUGCAAAAUUCUUUUUCUUAAUUGAUAAUCUCAUCUUUGAGCACUUCCCCGUAACUUUCUAACGAAAAUGGCAUCGUUUCCCAUCGGUUUGGAAUACACACCCCCUGGGAUUGUGUAUAUACAUCAGCUCAAUUAUCAAGAAAAUCUCGAAACCAAAUUAUUUCGAUUGCAAAAAGGCGCCAUGAUCCAUUUCAAGUUGGGUCCCUCACUUUUCGGCAAGGUCGUCCACUUGUAUUGCAACCAUCCCUCUCAAAAGCCGGAAACCGGCGAAUCAAGCCAAAACCCGCUAGAAGAUAGCUUCUCUCGAAAUUUCGAGCCAUUUGAACGUGGAACCUUCUAUGAACUACCAUGGGUUAAAAGAUCUAUUUAUCAUUGCGAUGAAACGGACACUUACGCGGAGCUAGAGCUAGGCCGGAGCGGAUCCUUUAGAUACUAUUUCGUUAUUUGCGAUGCCGAACACGUGAAACUUCACCCGCUUUUAGAGAAUAGGACUAUCAACGAAGCCCAACUAAAUUUACAUAGGCUUAAAUGGAUGGAGUAUCGCCAGAGUCAAACCUUAGAACCAAAUACGAUUCCCGCGCCUGUCGCUUCCGAAGCGGAUAAAGGUUCUAUUCGCGUUCGUUACUCCCUCACGGAACAAUUACAGGAUGAAAACUUUCCUUUGUCCUACCGUUUUCCCAUGAGCGACGAUACUACAGGGAUCAGUUCUGAAGAUUUUGAAGGGGACGGCUGUGGUUAUUUUCUGGUUGAUCCGACUCUGACAGUUGGUCCAGACUCAGAUCCGCUUGAACUAACCCUCGAUGCCUUACGCUGCCAAACCAUACUCGCUAAAUCUCUGGGCCGUUUCGAUCAAUGGCCUAAUCGUAUCCUCACUUCUGUCCGGUCUGGUUAUAACGCUAUCCACCUAACCCCGGUCCAAGAACUAGGAAUAUCCAACAGUGCCUACUGCGUGAAGGAUCAUUUUAAACUUAACCCCAUUUUUUACGUGCCUCUCAAUUCCUCGAUUUCCAAGCUGAGCUUGAAUGACUCUUCGCUCAUUAAAGACGAUAGCCAGAUCGAUUUGGUCAAUGGUAGCCCCGGUAAAAAUGGAGGUGAGGUAAAUAUCCAAAAUAAGGAUACUUACGAAGACGAAGGUAAAGAAGACGGGGAAAAGGGCCCUAAACACAGAAUGUCCCGUUCCAUGAGUCUGAGCAAAUCUAACAGGAGACCCGCCACUUUAGAAGAAUUGGAGAAUUUGAUAGCCAAAAUGCAAGUCGACUGGGGCCUACUUUCAUUUCAGGAUGUCGUGUGGAACCACGCGGCGACUAAUUGCCAAUGGAUAUGGGAUCAUCCCGAAUGCGGUUACAACCUAAUAAAUAGUCCGUAUAUGAAACCCGCAUAUUUAAUUGAUCGAGCACUGUGGCAUUUCACGCUGCAAGUGAGCAAAGGGGAGUGGUCCCAUCGAAACGUCCCGCGCAACAUCCGGGACGAGUUCAAUCUCAAUGCUAUACGCGCCAUCUUAUUGGACACCGCAUUUCCCAAAUUGAAAAUUUAUGAAUUUUACAUAACGGAUGUAGAAAAGGUUUUGGGGGUAUUCAGAGCUAAAAUUAUAAAAAUGGGUGGACCGAACCCUAAGGAAGUGCACCAGCAUAUGACGGCUCAGGAUUUUGCCCGUAAAGCUCGUAGUAUAUCCCAUUCCUCUCAGAUCACUUCUAAUACCGAAUUGGAACUGCUUCCACACCCCCAUUUCGCUCGAAUGGGAAGUAGCGUGGAUAUGAAACUAGCCUUAGCCAUUUUCAAUAAACCCCACCAAACUGCCAACGAGGCUGAUCGGAUCGAAAUAUGCUGCAACGAAUUUAGGAACAAGUUGCAUAACUUGAAUCACGCCAAAUGGGAAGAAAUGGAAUCUCAUCUUAGAAGCGCUGCUGAAGCUGUAGUGCGAAAUUGCAGAUACUAUUAUUUGGAUGGUAACGGUCCAAAAUGGCCUGAAGUGUCCAUGGAAACCCCUAUAGUUUACAAAUAUUUCACUCAUCCAUACGACGAUAUGCCCAUUGAGAGGGAGGAAGUGGAAAUAAUAAACGACUCCGAGAAGGGGCUAUACAUAAUGGCUCACAAUGGCUGGGUCAUGAACGACGAUCCUCUCAAAAAUUUUGCCGGGCCGGAUUCAAACGUUUUUCUGAGGAGAGAGUUACUUGUAUGGGGGGACAAUGUCAAACUACGUUAUGGCGAAACUUACCGAGACAACCCUUUCUUAUGGGACACCAUGAAAAAAUACACCGAAUCAGUCGCUAAAAUAUUCCACGGGAUCAGGAUUGAUAAUUGUCACAGCACACCUUUGGGCGUCGGCGAGUUUUUGAUCGAUGCCGCUCGCAAUGUCAGACCCAACUUAUACGUUAUGGCCGAACUUUUCACGCAAUCUGAGGCCACCGAUAAUAUAUUCGUGAAUAGGUUCGGGAUAACUUCGCUCAUCAGAGAGGCCAUGGCGGCCUGGAACGCUAAAGAGUUGGGUAGAUUAGAACAUAGAUACGGGGGUACGCCCGUAGGUUCUUUCUUGCCCCCUCCUACCCGCCGACUUACACCGCAAUUGGCUCACGCUAUCUUGAUGGACCAGACUCAUGAUAACCCUUCCCUCAUAGAAGCGCGUUCGGUUUACAAUGUCUUACCCCUUAGUGCGGUCGUGUGUAUGGCGUGUUCUGCUAUCGGCAGUACGCGUGGUCUGGACGAAAUGUUUCCCAAUAAAAUUGACAUCGUAAACGAUAACAGAAAAUAUAGGUUUUGGAUGGACAAGGAGGACAAAAUACCUCACAAGGCCAUUAACAUGUCAACUGGCAUCAUCGCAGCCAAACGAAUCCUCAAUCUUCUCCACCAAGAGAUGGCUCUAGAACACUACGAUCAAAUAUUCGUGGAUCAAAUCGACGAAGACGUGAUAGCAAUAACUCGUCACUCACCUCUGACUCACAAAUCCAUAAUCUUAGUGGCAUAUACCGUUUUUAAGAACAUCGGCAAUACAGUCGAAAGGCACGACAAAUACAUCAAGCCUCUAACCGUUCCUGGCAUAGUAGAAGAAAUAAUCUUAGAAGCUAAUUUAGAGUACUGCCCCCAAGGCAAAGGCGAAUUUAAACAAGACUCCAAGUACAUGAACGGACUCGCGGAUUACAAACUUAACUUGCGAACCAACAUACAAUUUUAUGGCAGUGAAAUGAUAGAAUACCAAGAAACGGGUCAGUCCACGGCCGCUAUUCAAGAUAUUGAUUUUGUCAAAUUUUAUCCCGGUAGCGUUAUCGCUUUUAGAGUAAACCUGAAUGCUACCUCUCGUAGCGCAAUUCUCCAAGUACGUAAAUGUUUGAGCGAAUUUGGUUACAACCCCCGUUCCUACAGCGGCACUGAAAUCGUUUUUGAUCCCAAGAGUUCUUCCUUCUCCAAAAUGAUUUUAGGUUCAUGUGGUCCCGAAUUUUUGUCACAGUUGGAAGAAAUACAAAAUAAUUCUAAUGGUAAAAAAAACGUCGACCUUACAAAUUCCAACAAGACUGGCCAAAAUAAUGGACAAAACAAACACGAUCAAAUUGGAAUCUUCUUAACGCAAGUCGUCAACAAAACGCUCUAUAAAUGCGAUCCCGAGGAGCGGGCCGAUACCGAUGGCAAAAUUGGUGUUUACAAUAUUCCCUCAUACGGUCCUUUCGUAUAUUGUGGGAUUUUAAGUAUCGCUGGUUUGUUGCGGGACAUAAGAUUGAGCAACGAUCUCGGUCAUCCCCUCUGCGAAAACUUGAGGAAAGGUAAUUGGUUGCAGACUUACAUAGCCGAACGAUUGAAGAUUAGCCUUCAUACCAAAUGUAUCGGGAUCUGGUUCGAAAACGCCUUCAACCAGCUGAAUCAAAUACCGAGAUACCUUAUACCCUUCUACUUCGAGGCCCUCAUUAAUGGUGCUUCCAGGGUUAUUAUCGACACGUCAAUCAAAUCACUCUCGCGAUUCAUAAAUAGAGGAACGCCAUUUGCUCAGGGGUUGGCUUUAAGCUCUUUGGCUCUGGUUGGGCAGGUCAAGAAUGCUCCUCUACCUUUGCUAUCGGCAAACCCCGUCGAACAAGCGAAGGAAAUUCAAAUGCCUUCAAUUUCAGCAGGCCUGCCACAUUUCUCCCAUGGUAUUUUUAGGAUAUGGGGAAGGGAUACGUUUAUCAGCUUUCGCGGGCUCAUGUUAUUGACCGGGAGAUUCGAGGAAGGAAGACAUCUGAUCCUCGCUUUCGCUCGAGCUCUUAGGCAUGGUCUUAUGCCCAAUUUACUGGGAGAAGGGAUAUGUGCUCGUUACAAUUGUAGAGAUGCAGUAUGGUGGUGGCUACAAUCUAUUCAAGAUUAUUGCGAAAUCAAGAAUUUCGAGCAAGUGUCAGCAAACUCUCAAAAUUAUGAUAAAAAUUUCAAAAAAAUUGUUAGCAAUGAUGUAUUCCCAGAGAAUUAUUCCAUCUUAAAAGACAAGGUAUCUCGUAUAUACCCGGAAGAUGAUUCUGAGCCUCAAGAAAUGGGAAAAUAUGUGCAACCUAUAAGCGAUAUCAUACAAGAAGUUUUACAAAAACAUGCGCAGGGUCUCGCUUUCAGGGAGAGGAACGCUGGGCCUAAUGUCGACUCUAAUAUGAGUAGUGAAGGUUUCAACAAUUCUAUCGGGGUCGAUUGGAAAACGGGUUUUGUUUACGGUGGCACUGUUCACAAUUGCGGAACUUGGAUGGAUAAAAUGGGAAGUUCCGAUCUUGCCAAGAAUAAAGGCAUCCCGGCUACUCCGAGGGAUGGAGCCGCUGUCGAAAUUGUUGCUCUUUGUAAAAGCGCUUUGAAUUGGCUCAUCAAAAUUAAAAAGUUGGGAUACUAUCCUUACGAUUCCGUUAAGGUGCACAAACAAACUAAAAUUAAUGACAAUAAAGAUCGAACUCGCACGCGUGACUCCAAAAAUCAAUCAGAGUCCGAAUCGAUAACCUUAGAAAAGUGGAGCGGUCUUAUAGCCCAGAAUUUUGAGAAAAAAUUUUACAUACCCACAGUGGCCAAAUUUUUAUCAGAGGGAGAGGAGAUAUACGACACGGACGGUCAUAAGAGGCCUAGUAUAAUGCCCGUUGAGAAUAAUGCGGACGAUGAUUCUGAAAAUGCGAGUAGUGAGGAAGAAAUGACUAGUAAAAAAGCCACCGAUAAAUCGACUAAAAUACUCCGGCCCAACGGAGGCACGAAAGAUGGAAAAGAAAAUAAGUACAUCAACAGGAGAGGCGUAUAUAAAGACACGUACGGUUCUAGCCAGCCCUGGGCCGACUAUCAAUUACGCUGCAAUUUCCCUGUGGCCAUGAUUUUAGCUCCCGAAUUAUUUUCGAACGAAAAGGCUUGGAAAGCACUAAAAAUCGUUGAAGAUAUCUUAUUAGGUCCUCUAGGCAUAAAGACACUAGACCCAACUGAUUGGGCCUACAACGGUUUUUACGAUAACGAUAACAACUCUAAUGACUAUAAUCUGGCGCAUGGCUUCAAUUACCAUCAAGGCCCAGAAUGGUUAUGGCCCGUAGGUUACUUUUUCCGAUCCAAAUUAUACUUUGCCAAAUCUCAAAACAAUCCUACUUUGUACUCUGAAACCGUAGAUUGGGUCAAGCAAAGAUUGUCUGCUCAUUAUGAAAUGCUUAGAAAGCCACCAUGGUAUGGUCUUCCCGAGUUAACGCAAGAAAAUGGUAGAGAAUGCCAUUUCGGGUGCCCGAUUCAAGCUUGGAGUACUUCCUCUAUCCUUGAAACGCUAUUUGAUAUGAGGCAUUAGAAUCCUGAAUAUGAUCUUUCUAUUCCUUAAUAUUUAAAAUUAAAACGGUUUUACUUUAAUUAUAUAUAUAUAUAUAUACAAAUCGCUAAUUUUAAUUUAUAUUGGAAUUCUACUUUUAAAAAAAUUCAAUUUUAAAAAAUUAAAUAUUUUUACUAAAAAAUAUUCUUUAUAUCAAAUAAAUUGUCCCCCAUUUAAAAAGAAGCGAAGAUGCAAUCCAUCCGAAUUAUAUUAAAUAGAACUCAAAUUAUAUAUUUCAUUUAUUUUAAUAUAUAUUACCCCCUCCCCCCCCCCCACCUUUAUUUUAUAAUUUAAUACUAUUUAUAUAAAAUUGUACUUAUUUAAUUCCCCCCCCCCUCUCCACCUUCAAUUUACAAUUUAAUGUUAUUUAUAUAAAUAAUAAUUUUUAAAAAAUAAUUGUAAAUAUUAUUAUAAUUUUAGAGGUGCAAUUUUAAGAAAAAAUCAAUCAAAUGAUCCAUUCUAAAUUUUAUUAUUCAA